AUGCGCACGGAGCGCCGCGAGGCAUGCCGGGAGUUGCGGAUCGCCUUCUCUAAAACCCCUGGCCUUCAAGCACAGGUGGACAAACUGGUGCUGGCAACCCAAGUCCUGGGUGCUGUCAAAUGGUUCCAUGUUUGGAAUGGUUGUGGAUUUAUCAAUAGAAAUGACACCAAGGAAGAUGUCUUUGUUCAUUGGACAGAUAUUAAGAGAAACAAUUCCAGGAAGCUUCUGUGUAGUGUUGGAGAUGGGGAGACUGUGGAGUUUGAUGUGAAAGGAGAGGGGUCCAAAGGUGCUAAUGUAUCUGGACCUGACGGAAUGCCAGUGAAAGGUAACAAAUAUGCCCCCAAUCAACGUAGGUUCUGCCGAUGCAUCCCCGGGCCUCACUCAGUUACCCCACCACCAAUGGUAGCAGAAGCCCCCUCAGAUGGAACAGAAUCAGGCAAUGAAGGGAAGAGAGCUGAAGACUCUGGGAAGCAUCAUAGAUGCCGAAGGCUACCAUCUUUCCUUCAUUGGAGGCACUUUUUGCCAGGACCACAGUCCCCUGACCUGCAGCAGCUUAUCAAGGAGACCCCAACAGCCACCACAGAAGAUGGAAAAGAUGGAUGA